UGUGUGUAUAUAUAUAUAUAUAUAUAUAUCUACAUGUGUGCGCAAGGGUCUGUGUUAAGUCUGCAAAGUGUUUGAAGAUUGAUUUCGCUUACAGUGAUUCAGAUUUGACUGCUGGUUUGUUGUUGAUUAAGUAUACAUUGUAGUUGUGGGACCAUGAUAAAGGAGAACGGUAGUAGUGUGCAAGUUACACAUACCGGACGGAUUCGACGCCGUAAGGGUUCAAACGAGGUUCCAGCUGAUGUAGGCCAAGCGAAUGGAAACCACUUGCUUGUAAAUGAUCAAAAUAAGUACAAGUCAAUGUUGAUUCGUGCUUAUUCAAGUAUUUGGAUGAUUGGCGGCUUUAUAUUUGUUGUCUACAUGGGGCAUCUCUAUAUAUGGGCCAUGGUUGUCAUUAUACAAAUUUUCAUGGCAAAAGAGCUGUUCGGUCUACUAAGAAAAGUAAACGAAGACAAACAACUACCAGGAUUUAGGCAUUUAAAUUGGCACUUCUUCUUCACAGCUAUGCUAUUUGUAUAUGGUCGCAUUCUUAGUCAGCGGCUUGUCAAUACCGUCACAACAGACAAGUUUUUGUAUAAAAUUGUGGGCAACCUUAUCAAAUAUCACAUGGUUACCUGUUAUUUCUUGUAUAUAGCAGGUUUUGUGUGGUUCAUUCUCUCACUAAAGAAAAAGAUGUACAAAUAUCAGUUUGGCCAAUAUGCAUGGACACAUAUGAUCCUUAUUGUGGUUUUCACGCAGUCCUCUUUCACAGUAGCCAAUAUAUUUGAAGGGAUUUUCUGGUUCCUUCUGCCUGCAUCACUGAUCGUCAUCAAUGAUAUUGCUGCCUACAUUGUUGGCUUCUUCUUUGGAAAAACCCCAUUGAUCAAGUUAUCCCCAAAGAAGACUUGGGAGGGAUUUAUCGGAGCAUCAGUUACAACAAUUAUAUCUGCCUUCGUGCUUGCUAAUUUUUUUGGUCGGUUCCAGUGGUUUACAUGCCCUAGAAAGGACCUAUCAACUGGUUGGCUCCAAUGUGACCCGGGCCCGCUGUUUACGCCAGAGACCUUUACUUUACCUGGAUGGCUUCCUGAAUGGUUUCCGUGGACAGAGAUGGAAGUUAUGCCUGUGCAAUGGCAUGCAUUGGGUCUUGGACUUUUUGCUUCAAUUAUUGCACCUUUUGGAGGCUUCUUUGCUAGUGGGUUUAAAAGAGCCUUCAAGAUCAAGGAUUUUGGGGAUAGCAUUCCUGGGCACGGUGGAAUGACAGACAGAAUGGAUUGUCAGAUGGUGAUGGCCGUCUUUGCAUACAUCUACCAUCAGUCGUUCAUUGUGGCUCAAAGCGUAUCAGUAGGGAUGAUCUUCGACCAGAUUAUAAUGAAUCUGUCAUACGAGGAGCAAAGAGCAUUAUACACAAACCUCGGACAAAUCAUCCAGGAUCGGCAGUUUGGUGAAUCUUAAAGACUACAACAACGAUACAUUGUACACCAGAGUCGAUUGUAUUAAAAUGUCGGGACUUCUCGUGACCGUUUUCAUGGUUUGCUUAGAAAGAGUUGCUUCGUGGUUUACACCUGUAUAGUGGUUGUGUUUAGAUGAGUAAGAUUUGUCCCGUGUUCCUCUCGACCCGUGUCUAUUUUAGUAAUUUUACGUUUAUGGCUUAAUCAGUUGGAUAUAUAUUCGAGUUAAGAGAUUUGUUUUCGGCUAACAUUGUGCCGCAAGUUCUAAUUUUCACUUGCAGUUUUCACGUUGCUCA